UUCGGCUCCUGAGCUAUGUUCCUGAAACGAAAAUGCCGUAUGAGAAAACGGAUCAUACGGCUGUGAUGACAACGCGGCAACGGCUGAUUGAGACCUUGGUCAUCUUUCGUCGCAGUCUUAUUUACCAGACGAAGGAGUUUUUCCAGAACUCCACCCUGCACGGCGUGCGUUACAUUGCAGAGACGGGUCGGCCCAUUGGCGAGAAGUUCAUGUGGUUCUGCUUCACCUCGAUUGGUGCAGUCACCGCCCUGGUCAUUAUCAUGAGCCUGUGGGAGAAGUUCCAAACGAAUCCCACCAUCACCGGCCUCGACACGGACUUUCACAAUCAGAACGUUGUCUUUCCCACCACGGUGGUCUGUCCAGAGAUGGCCUUCGAUCAUGCAAAAGCAUAUGAAGAGGUCUACAAGUCUCUGGCAAACUAUGACGCGGAUAAGGCUCACCAGAUUACCCCUUUUUUGGACCAGCUUACCUCGCUCAACUUUGACAACAUCGGAGAGGCCGAAAAGCUAGCAGAGGGCAUACCCCCGGAGCAGCUGGCGGAGCACACCUUGCGCGAAUGGGCCUUUCGGGCGCAAAUCCCGUGCGAGAGUACGCUGAUUUCCUGCAAGUAUCGGGAUGAGGAUAUCGUCUGCUGCGAUCACUUUCACCCCAUCUACACGGAGCACGGCUUCUGCUAUGCCUUCAACAGUCGCUUCAUGUCAACUGCAACAGAGGACUCUAAGACUGGCCCGCCGCACGACCUCUAUGAAACGGACAAGAAGUGGGCCCUCUUCUUUCUGCCCAAUAGUACCUCUCGGAUAUUUAUUUUCUCGAACGAGGAGUACUUCGGAUCGGACUUCAAUGCCCAAAUCGACUGGACCGACGAUCAGCUGGUGGAAGUGCGCAUCUCCAAGAAGAACACCUACACCACAGACGAUGCACGCCAGCUGUCAAUUGGCCAGCGUAAGUGCAUCUUUCGCGACGAGGUGAAGCUGAACUACUUUCCAGACUCGUACACCUUCUCGUCCUGCAUGAAGCAGUGCCGCAUGACCAAGGCCAUAAAGCUGUGCAAAUGCAAUCCGUCCUUCUACAAGCCCAUCAACAAUGUGCCCAUGUGUACGGUCAAGGACUUCUCCUGCCUCAAUGAAUAUAAGCUGAACAUAACCAACAUCAAGGACUGCCUGCAGUGCGAGCUGAGCUGCUCCAAGACGGUUUUCAACAUAGACAAGCUCAUGAAAUUCAUGGAUCGCGCCGAAGCGUCCGGCGUACUGGUAGAGUUCCUCACCUGGCCCAUCAUUCGGUACAAGCGUGAGGUGCUCUUCGGCUGGGUGGAUCUGCUGGUCUCGUUCGGCGGCAUUGCCAGCUUGUUCCUGGGCUUCUCGCUGCUCUCCGGCGUAGAGAUCAUCUACUACUUUACGCUGCGCGCCUGCUGCAUGGUCUACAAGAACAGGCAAGAGCUGUACGAAAUCGAGCAGCGCAUCCGGCACGAGCCGCCGCCGGCCAUUGAUCUAAAGCUGAAGCUGAAGUCUCACUCCAAGCCGACGAAUAGCCCCAACAGCUCGGCCGUGCUGCAAGUGCAACCGGCGGAUGCACAAAGCGCGGAUCUGUACAACAUGUCCCGCCAGCGGAAGAACGAAAAGGACUACUUGAACUACUCGAAGAGCUUGUAUCGCACGCCCAAGGUGCUGCCGGACCACGGCUACGCCAGUAGUAAGGAAAAGUGGCAAUUCGACCAUGGACAAUAUCUGCCCUGAAACCCCAACCAACUCCCUCAAGACGGCUCCACGACAACAUGUACCCCACACAAAUGAUAAGGACAAUGUGAACUUCGAGCAAACGAUAUUACGAUAUCCAAAAAUCUAUACAAAAAUACAAUAUAUAUAUAUAUAUAUAUAUAUUUUUUUUUUUUGACAAAUUAUUAUGUCAGACUAGCGUAUUAUGCACUGCUUUGAUAAAAUCCAAAAAUACCAAUUUACAAGCCGCU